AUGAUCCACCACCGACCGCCAAGCCCAGCCGGCAUUGCAAGGAUAUUUACAUGCGUACAGUAUGCCCAGGAUAUGCCGAGAGCAAUGAUUGCUGGGAAACGGGUCACGACCAUGGCUUGCUUCAGACAUCCCCGUCUUCAAGCUGGGUAUGAUUCAACUAUGACCCAACUCGUUGUUGUGUUCAGAGCUUGUGAUUCUUGA